GACAUCGAGAGAGCUGAACACAUCUGUGGUCAUAUUCUAGCUGUGGAAAACUGAGUUACUGAAGCUUGAGACAUGCAUCCAGCUGUGCUAAGUACCAUCCUCCUGUUGGUGUGCGCCCUGGCCACUGUCACAGAAGGACGUAAUCAUCAUUCAAUUGAGGUAGAAUGUGAAAGUUAUUCAGAUAAGCCAUGCGGAGAAGGAUGGAGCCGCAUUGAUGAGAGUCGAUGUGCUAAAUACAACGGAAGCGAAAAGAAUUUCCAAGAGGCACAGGAACACUGCAGAACCUUAAAUUCUGACCUGGUGUCAAUACACAGUCUUGAAGAGAUGUCUAGCGUGCUUUGUUUGACCUACCACGCCGACUCUCGUCACCAGUUAAUUUGGAUUGGAGCCAAAAAAUCAGGCGAAAAUAUAACACGUACUGAUGGAACUGAUGGAACUAAUGGAACUGAAUUCACGUACACUGUAUGGGAUCAUGAGACACCAGACAAUAAAGAAAGUGAAUUCUGCAUCCAGUUGGACAUUUUUGAUGAGGGAAACUUGAAUGGUACAUACUGCUCAGAGAAGAAGAACUACGUGUGCGCCAAGAAGAUGUGAUCAUCACCAGCUGUUGUUUGCUUUCACAUUUUCAAACAACAACUAAUCUGUGCUGCAGUUGGACAAGUCUGUUUCAUGGUAACCACUAUGAACACAAGCUUUUUACUGCAAGUUACUGCAAUAAACGCUCCAGCGUUUAUGUUCUG